AUGUCUGCUGCCGCUGAAUCGAAGUACUCCGAAGAGGUGCUUUCUGAGUUGUUGGCCAAGGUGCAAGUGGCUGACAACAAAGAUGAAGCUGCUUCCAACAUUGCAUCGUUCCUCAACUCCUCUAUUGUUGAGCACGAUGUUCCAGCAGAAUUUUUUGCUGACUUGAAAAAGCAGAUUAACAACAAGAAGGCUGAAGUUUCUCUUGCUGCUUUGACUGCUUACGAGCACAUUGCCUCUGGUAACGACUUGGCUCCUUCUGUCGAGCCAUACGUUGUUGAAUUGACCAAGGAUGUUGCCGCCAAAGCUGGUGACAAGAACAAGGACAUUCAAGCUGCUGCUUCUAAUGCCUUGCUUUCUAUUGCCAAGGCUAUCACCCCAACUGCCAUCAAGUCUUUGUUGCCCCAACUCUUGGACAACUUGAGCAACACCAACAAAUGGACUGAGAAGGUUGCCAUCUUGGCCGCCAUCUCCCAGUUGGUUGACACCGCCAAGGGCCCAAUCGCUUUGAGAAUGCCGGAAUUGAUUCCAGUGUUGUCCGAGUCUAUGUGGGAUACCAAGAAGGAAGUCAAGGAAGCCGCCACCAAGACUAUGACCAAGUCUACCGAGACCAUCGACAACAAGGAUAUUGAAAAGUUUAUUCCAAAGUUGAUCGAAUGUAUUGCUAAGCCAACUGAGGUUCCAGAAACCGUCCACCUUUUGGGUGCCACUACCUUCGUUUCCGAAGUUACCAUGGCUACUCUUUCUAUCAUGGCUCCUUUGUUGUCUAGAGGUUUGGCUGAACGUGAUACCGCCAUCAAGCGUAAGGCUGCUGUCAUUGUUGACAACAUGUGUAAGUUGGUCGACGACCCUCAAGUCGUUGCUCCUUUCAUGGACAAGUUGUUGCCUGCUUUGAAGGCUAACUUCUCCACCAUGGCUGACCCUGAAGCCCGUGAAGUUACCAACAGAGCUUUGAACACUUUAAGAAGAGUUGGUGACGUCAAGGAGGGUGAUGUCAUUCCAGAGGUUUCCACCGCUGGUGACAUUGCCGUUACCUUGGGUGAAUUCGAAAAGCUUUUGGAAGGUAAGAAGAUUGCCUCCAGAUUCGACGUUGCCAAGAACUACAUUGCCGCUAUUGCUGGUGACUUGAUCGACGAGAGACAAAUCAACCCAGACACUUGGGUCCAAAGUUUGUUGCCAUUCGCUACCAUCUUCUUGCACGAGAAGGAAGCCAAGGAAAUCAUCGAGGAGUUCAGAAAGAGAGCUAUCGACAACAUUCCAGAACCUCCAUCGUUCGAGGAUGAGGAGGACGAAGGUGAAGACUUGUGUAACUGUGAGUUCUCUUUGGCUUACGGUGCUAAGAUCUUGUUGAACAAGACUCAAUUCAGAUUGAAGAGAAACAGAAGAUACGGUUUGUGUGGUCCUAACGGUGCUGGUAAAUCCACCUUGAUGAGAGCCAUUGCUAAUGGUCAAGUCGAGGGUUUCCCAUCUCAAGAAGAAUGUAAGACCGUCUACGUCGAGCACGACAUUGAUGGUACCCACGCUGACACCACCGUCGUUGAGUUCGUUAUCGAAGAUGGUGAGGUUGGUUUGACCAGAGAGGUGGUUGAAAACAAGUUGGUUGAGUUCGGUUUCUCCGACGAGAUGAUCAAGAUGCCUAUCCAAUCUCUUUCUGGUGGUUGGAAGAUGAAGUUGGCUUUGGCCAGAGCUGUGUUGAAGAACGCUGACAUUUUGUUGUUGGAUGAGCCAACUAACCAUUUGGAUACCGUCAACGUCGCUUGGUUGGUCAACUACUUGCAAACCUGUGGUAUCACUUCCAUCAUUGUGUCCCACGACUCUGGAUUCUUGGACAAUGUUGUCCAAUACGUUAUCCACUACGAAGGUUUCAAGUUAAGAAAGUACAAGGGUAACUUGUCCGAAUUCGUCAAGAAAUGUCCAUCUGCUCAAUCUUACUACGAGUUGGGAGCUUCCGACUUGGAGUUCAGAUUCCCAGAGCCAGGUUUCUUGGAGGGUGUCAAGACCAAGCAAAAGGCUAUUGUCAAGGUGUCCAACAUGUCCUUCCAAUACCCAGGUACUUCUAAGCCUCAAAUUCAAAACAUUAACUUCCAGUGUUCUCUUUCUUCGAGAAUUGCUGUGAUUGGUCCUAACGGUGCCGGUAAGUCCACAUUGAUUAAUGUGUUGACCGGUGAAUUGUUGCCAACCACUGGUGAAGUUUAUGUGCACGAGAACUGUCGUAUCGCUUACAUUAAGCAACAUGCUUUCGCCCACAUUGAUAACCAUUUGGACAAGACUCCAUCCGAGUACAUUCAAUGGAGAUUCCAAACCGGUGAGGACAGAGAGACCAUGGACAGAGCUUCUAGACAAAUCAACGAGAGCGAUGAGAACGCCAUGAACAAGAUCUUCAAGAUUGAAGGUACCCCAAGAAGAGUUGCUGGUAUUCACGCUAGAAGAAAGUUCAAGAACUCUUACGAGUACGAAUGUUCUUGGCUCUUGGGUGAGAACAUUGGCAUGAAGAACGAGAGAUGGGUUCCUAUGAUGUCUGUUGACAACGCUUGGUUGCCAAGAGGUGAAUUGAUGGAGACCCACUCCAAGAUGGUUGCUGAGGUUGAUAUGAAGGAGGCUUUGGCUUCUGGACAAUUCAGACCUUUGACCAGAAAGGAGAUCGAAGAGCACUGUGCCAUGUUGGGAUUGGACGCCGAAUUGGUUUCUCACUCCAGAAUUAGAGGUUUGUCUGGUGGUCAAAAGGUCAAGUUGGUGUUGGCCGCUUGUACCUGGCAAAGACCCCACUUGAUUGUGUUGGAUGAGCCAACCAACUAUUUGGACAGAGACUCGUUGGGUGCUCUUUCCAAGGCCUUGAAAGCUUUCGAUGGUGGUAUUGUCAUCAUUACUCACUCUGCUGAGUUCACCAAGGACCUUACUGAGGAAGUGUGGGCUGUGUUGGAUGGUAAGAUGACUCCAUCUGGUCACAACUGGGUCCAAGGUCAAGGUGCUGGUCCUAGAUUGGAAAAGAAGGAUGACGAUGAAGAGGACAAAUUCGAUGCUAUGGGUAACAAGAUUGCCUCUGCUAAGAAGAAGACCAAGUUGUCGUCUGCCGAGUUGAGAAAGAAGAAGAAGGAGAGAAUGAAGAAGAAGAAGGAGUUGGGUGAUGCAUAUGUUUCUUCCGAUGAAGAGUUCUAA